AGAAUAAGAGUGAUAAGCCCAAUAAGAGGCGAUAGUAAUAGUAAUAGUAAUUAGAAGGGAAACAAAAAGAGUGGGAGUGUCUGAAUCUGAAAUCGCAGUGUGAAAUUGUUGAGAUCUGAUCUGAAGGCUGAAGCAAUGGCGACACCGGAUCACCUGUUCAACCUCCGCAACAACUUCUACCUGGGCGCAUACCAAGCGGCCAUCAACAGCAGUGACGUCAGCAACCUCUCCCAAGACGACGUCGUCGAGCGCGACUCCCUCGUCCACCGCUGCUACAUCGCCCUCGGCCAGUUGCAGUUCGUCAUCUCCGAAAUCAACGACUCCGCCCCCACUCCUCUCCAAGCCGUCAAACUCCUCGCCCUCUAUUUCUCCUCUCCCGACAACAAGGAAUCCGCCAUCUCCAGCCUCAAGGACUGGCUCCUCGCCGAUCCCGCCAUCGGGAACAACGCCACGCUCAGGCUCGUCGCCGGCCUCGUCUUCCUCCACGAGAAUGAUUUCAACGAAGCCCUCAAAUACACCAAUGCCGGUGGAACCAUGGAACUGCAUGCGUUGAAUGUUCAGAUCUUCAUUAAGAUGCAUAGGUCGGAUUACGCGGAGAGGCAGCUGCGGAUCAUGCAGCAGAUGGACGAGGAUCACACUCUCACGCAGCUCGCCAAUGCGUGGCUUGAUUUGGCUGUGGGUGGGUCGAAGAUCCAGGAGGCGUAUCUGAUUUUCCAGGAUUUGUCGGAGAGGUAUCAGUCCACUAGCUUGCUCUUGAAUGGGAAGGCUGUUUGCUGCAUGCACAUGGGCAAUUUUGAUGAGGCUGAGACCCUUUUGGUUGAAGCACUAAACAAGGAUGCCAGGGAUCCAGAAACUCUUGCCAAUCUAGUUGUAUGCUGUCUUCACCUUGGCAACCCAUCCAAUAAAUCGUUCAGCCAGCUGAAACUUUCUCACCCAGACCAUGUACUGGUGAAACGGGUAUCAUCAGCAGAAGAAAGUUUUGACAGAGCGCUACAAGGAUUUUCUUCAUGAGUUUCCUUCAGGAGUUGAAUGGUGUGAGGUCUUCCCAUGCAAUUUUUACACCUUAUCGUGCUAUUGUAUUGGUUGCGUAUCUUAGAACACAAUCAACUGGGUAAUGUGUCAUAGUAUUCAAAUUUAUAACAAUGUUUGGUUUACUUAAGUCUUGAUGUUGUAAAAGCCACAUCUGACAUUAAUUUUUAAGCAAGGUCAUUUACAUCGUAUAUUUUACUAGAAAAGCAAGAAAUACCAUUGUGUGGAUGGAUAGGGAAAUCUGUAUUCAAUUUUGUCCAAAGUUUUACCUUCUCUUAUUUGUAUUUUCAAUUGAAAAUAAAAACAGAUUGCUGUGUGAA